AUGUCUUCAGCUCCACCUUACGCUUCCCGACUACUUGAUCUCCCCAUCCGCCUCACUGUCUGGCUAAGCAUGAUCUCUCUCUCCUCCUCCUCAUCGUCCCUGUCCGACGUGGCUUCUUCGUCCUCUGUCACGCGUUCCUCCAGUCCCGUGAUUAAGCGCGACGCGCUCUCGUCCUCGGCCACGUCCAUGCUAUCUACUUUGCCCUCCUCCAGCAGCCUCUCCUCGGACAGCGCACGCGAUUCGAUCUGUACCCGAGCGAGCCUAUCAUCAUCUGCUGCGUCAUUCGAGUCGGGGUCGGUGGCUAGCAUACGCUGCGGAGAGCAUCUAGCCAUUCUGUUGCCCAAGCGGCUCUGGAAGGUUGAUUCCGAGUCCACGUACUGCGACUCGCUGCCAUGUCGCGUUCCCUUCACUCUGUUCGAGCGCCGACACCACUGUCGCAAGUGCGGAGGCGUCUUCUGCCGCGCAUGCACCUCCCAGACCACGCCCCUACUCGACACCGCUGCGCUGCCAGAACCGACUAUCCCCGAAGACACCGCUGUCUCCGAUCUCGCGUCCCCCGAGAGCCCCGUCGUGCAGUGCCGCGUCUGCAUGGACUGCUACAACCAGGUGCUCGGCAGGCGGACGCCCGAUGACGAGUACGAGCGGAUGCUGUGCGAGCGGCCGCGAAGAUCCAGCUCCCUGCUAGCCUCGCCGAUUUCCCUGUUCAAAGUCCCUGCAUUCGUGACCCAGUCUGCUCCGUCUUCGCCGCCCCAGAUCCCGGCAGCACUGCCCUCGGUUCACAGGCGCUCCCUCGCACGGGCAGCCUCCCCGAGACGCCGGACGCGCCUUCCAUCCCUGCCCGUGCCGGAGCGGUCGCUUUCUCCCCUGCGGACAGACUCCCUUCCCUGCACUGGGCUUUCCGCAUAUCCGCUCUCCCUCCCCUCGGCCAUCUGCAAGGCCGCAGGUGGAGGACGCUGGGCGCCAGAGCUGUUCGUGUCUGAUCCGAUGCGGAGGCCGCUUGUGCUGGGCAGCCGGGCUCCCUGGGAGACGCAGUACGAGCAGGCCAAGGAGGAGGAGCGGCAGCGCAGGCGUAGCGUUGUGGUCCAUGUGAAGCUCGGCGAGGACGAGAUCCGCUAUCGUGUCUGGGGCCAAGACCAUGCGGACGAGUACGCACCCGAGUCAUUUGAACGUCCGCGUCUGGCGCUUGCCACCUUCUGAGCAGCGCUGUGUUGUUUCUCCUUGGCCCUAU